AUGGAACAAGCCCAUCAAGAUUUAGAGGAGGAGGCAGCUGAGAGUCUUAAUGGUGCUGCUAAGAUGGGUGAAGCUUGUGGAGAUAUUGAGGAAGGGACAAAUGAUGGUCUCAUGGAUGCUGCUGAGACUGAUCCAGUAUGUGAAGAUGAGGUGGAAGGGGCAGCUGAUAAUCUAGUGAGUGCUUCCAAGGUGGAACAAGCCCAUCAAGAUUUAGAGGAGGAGGCAGCUGAGAGUUUCAUGGGUGCUGCUGAGAUUGAUGAUGACUUUGAAGAUGAGGAGGAGGGGUCAGCUGAGACUCUCGUGAAUGUCGCCAAGACGGAACAAGCCCCUAGAGAUCUAGAGGAGGACGCAGCCGAGAGUCUCAGUGGUGCUGCCAAGAUGGAGGAAGUCCGUGUGGAGGUAGUGGAGGGGGCAGCUGAGAGUCCCUGUAGCCAACCCUCGGGUGCCACUUGCACCCACUGA